GCAUUGUGGGGUGGCGGCCGGCGGGGCUGGGCCGAGCGGCGUCGCGCUUGGAGGGCCGGGGCCAUGGCUUCCUGGGCAGCUCUUUCGCCCAGCAUCGUGGAGUACUUCGAGGGCGAGGACUCCUACCGCUGCGGCUAUUGCAAGAAUGAGUCGGGCAGUCGCUCCAACGGCAUGUGGGCACACUCCAUGACCGUACAGGAUUAUCAGGAUCUCAUAGACCGAGGAUGGCGGAGAAGUGGAAAAUAUGUGUACAAGCCUGUCAUGAAUCAAACAUGUUGUCCCCAGUACACGAUAAGGUGCCGACCUUUACAGUUUCAGCCAUCAAAAUCACACAAGAAGGUUUUGAAAAAAAUGUUGAAAUUUCUGGCCAAAGGGGAAAUUUCCAAAGGAAAUUAUGAGGAUGAUCCUAUGGAGCCCACCAUGGAGGACAGUGCUGGUGACUUUGGAUUAAUAAAAUUGGAUAUACAGUGUGACCUUAAAACGCUCAGCGGUGACCUCACAGAGAGCUUUGACAGUGAAGAAAAGAAGAAAGGAAAAAGCCCAAAGAAGGGAGAAUCUAAUGAAUUCAUCCAGUCACAAGAUAUAGAGGAGAAGUUGGGCUCUGGUGAGCCAUCACAUCCAGUUAAAAUGCCCAUGGCUCCUAAGCCAGGCAAAGGAGCAGAUUUGAGUAAGCCUCCCUGUCGAAAAGCAAAGGAAAUCCGGAAAGAAAGGAAAAGGUUAAAACUGAUGCAGCAGAACCCGGCUGGAGAACUUGAGGGUUUCCAGGCUCAGGGUGAACCACCGUCUUUGUUCCCACCAAAGGCUAAUAAAUCCAACCAGCCCAAAUCGCUCGAAGAUUAUUUUGAAUCUUUACCAGAGAAUGCAUCACACAAGUUGGAGGUGAGGGUGGUGAGAUCAUCUCCACCAAGUUCUCAGUUCAAAGCCACAUUUCAGGAGUCUUACCAGGUCUAUAAACGUUACCAGAUGGUUAUUCACAAGGAUCCACCUGAUAAGCCAACUGUGAGCCAGGUGAGGUUAGUACCUGUCUCCUUUGAGGACCCAGAGUUCAAGUCGUCCUUCAGCCGGUCAUUUUCUCUAUAUGUCAAGUAUCAAAUGGCCAUACACCAGGACCCGCCCGAUGAGUGUGGGAAGACUGAGUUCACAAGAUUCCUUUGCAGCUCACCUUUGGAGGCGGAGAAUCCCCCUAAUGGACCAGAUUGUGGUUAUGGCUCCUUUCACCAGCAGUAUUGGCUUGAUGGGAGAAUCAUUGCUGUGGGGGUGAUUGACAUCCUUCCAUACUGUGUGUCAUCUGUGUAUUUGUACUACGAUCCUGAUUAUUCAUUUCUAUCUUUGGGUGUCUACUCUGCACUACGAGAAAUUGCUUUUACGAGGCAACUUCAUCAGAAAACAUCUCAACUCAGCUAUUAUUAUAUGGGUUUCUACAUUCAUUCAUGUCCCAAGAUGAAAUAUAAGGGUCAGUAUAGACCUUCCGAUUUGUUGUGUCCUGAGACGUAUGUUUGGGUGCCCAUCGAACAGUGCCUGCCUUCACUUGAGAACUCAAAGUACUGCCGUUUCAACCAGGACCCAGAAGCAGGUACGUUUGGAGCAGAGCUCUGCCAGAAAUCCUUGGCAUUGUUUUUAGGUUCCUUGUGUGUGGCUUUGGCUCUUAAUAGGGUCAGGUAGCUUUUCAUCUAUCGUAGAAUGUGUAUGGUGUGUGUGCGCGCGCAUGUCUGUGUAAGACCGGGAGAUGCCACGUGCGCACACACACAACACUCUUGCUUCUGGAAAUAAAUGCAGAAACCUCAUGUGCUUCUGCUCCUUACUAACCCGUCUCCUUCUACUUUGAGCGUUGGUACCACCUUCCGUUUCUGCUACAGCUGUCACAGUGCAUAAAAAUUCUUCCCUAGACUGUUUAGGUAAACAAGAUAGAAAUACUGACCAGUUUGACUGAACAAAGCCGGUGAAUGGUUUCCCGAAGGCCAACAGGCUGGGAUGGGUUUUGUGACAAUACUUUUGUUGUUGUUGACAAUACUUUCUUGACUUUUUCUUACAUCUUUGGUGCUUCUCCUCUCCCGUCCCUUCUUCCACCUCCUGCGCACGCAGUCCAGCCCUAGCCAUGUCUUAUCUCUUGGUACUCCCCAUUUGGAUAGUCUGUGCACUGGUGGUAGGCACAGACACUUGCACAUACAGCCUGGGGUCAGACUCCCUGCAGGUGGAUCCUGGCUCCAUCAUCAGCCUGUAAAUUGUGUGCCCUUGGGCAAUUUCAUGAUCUUCCUGGCCUCAGAUUCCUGACCUUCAGAAUUAAGAUAAUAAUAGAACCUACCUUGCUGAGCUGUCAUGAAGAUUAGAGUAAGACAGGCACACUGAGGAUAGCCCCCUCGUCUUGCUGGGUUGGCGAUGGCUGGGCAAAUGAGCACGCGAUGUCCCGUAGACUGUGCCACGGGCUUUCAUCUGCAUUUGCCUUUAUUUGCUCUGAUUCCUGUCUCCAGAAAAAUAACGCAGUUCUAGUCACCUCCCUUUUGUCUAGAUCUCGCUCAGUUUUCAGCAGCCUUUCUCACCCUCCCUGCGUUCCCCCGCGGCUUCGUCCAUCAGGCGCGAGUUGUGGUGCUCGUGGUGGGCAUCGACUCCCCAUGUGUGUUUUCCUCAGACUGGAGUUCCUGGGUGUUCCCCCUGUGCCUCACUGAUGUCUGCCAGAGGAGGCGCCCGGUGCACAGUUAACAAUCACAUUUUCUGUCUAGUCACCCGUGGUCUAAGCUUGGAGAAAAAUCAGAAAAGGGAAACGGAAAGGCCGGGGGAGGGGCUGGGAGUAAAUGGAAAGAUCAAAUAGGAAGACAAAGGGGCAAGCAAAGAAAUGCAGGAAUUUCUUCUGUUCUAAGAUGUGCGUUCUUUACCACCCCGCCCCUGCCCCCCCCACAAAUGAGGUUUUUUAUUUCCAAAAAAGGAAAAUUGGUUCAUGUUUCACUGUAUUUUGGCAUCUCCUUGAAAAGCUGUUAUGCAAUCAAGAGUGGGCACUUCUUACACAUGGUGAUACCUUAGAAUCUGAUGAACAAGUGGCCGUAGGGACCCACCUGACUCCUACACCAGACACCCCGAGGUCACCCCAGGCUUCCUAGACAUUUAGCGUUCGUAGAACAACCAGGGCUUUAUAGUUCUGCACCUCCGAUUGUCAGCAUUUCAUUAUUUCAUUUUAAGUAGAAUUACACCUGACUGAUCAGACAGACAGGCACGUUGCUUACGGACAGCCGUACUGAAUUUGUCAGCGUUUGAGUCAGGCUCAAAGCGAAAGGCAGUGGUAGUUCAGAGGAAAGCAAAUACUUACCUGCUGUCCCUUCAAAAAAAAAAUUGUUUUUUCCUUUUUAGCUUUUCUCAAGGGCAGCUCAGAGUCAUUUCCUUCUGGUGAGAACAGCUAACCGUCUUACUGCAUUAUUUCACGUUCACAUACAAAAGUGGAUAAGUUCCUUCCAACUAAAUAAAAAUGAUCACGAAUUGGUUUCUGACUCCCAAACUUAAGACGCAGUUUCACCG